AUGAGCCACCGAUCAAACGCGUUGCCUUCGUCGAAGAAAACUCAUUCUGAGAAACAUAAGCAGAUUUUGAAGCAGUUGUUAAAGGAGACUCCAAAUCGCUCGUGUGCGGAUUGCAAAACUGCCAAGAACCCACGUUGGGCGUCGUGGUCGUUGGGCUGCUUCAUAUGUAUCAGAUGCCUGGGGAUUCAUAGAUCUAUGGGUACUCACAUCCUGAAGGUUAAAUCUGUAGAUCUAGAUGCCUGGACCGAUGACCAGAUUGAAAAUAUGGUCUUGUGGGGGAACGACAAGUGCAAUACUUUCUGGGAAGCAAAGUUGCCGGACUCGUACAUUCCUGAUCUGCUGAAGAUCGAGAGCUUCAUAAGAACGAAGUAUGACAUCAAGAAGUGGGCUGCAUCAUCCCACAUACCCGAUCCGUUGUCAAUAAAGGUAUCUAGUGGUACAACUAGUACAACUGCAGUACAGCCACAGGCUUCUAAAAUGUCACAACAGUCGAGCCAGACAUCGAGCAUCUCCGACUCAUUUGACUUGUUGUCGCUGUCGAACCACUCCGGCUUGCUUGAAGAGGAUUUUGGAGCCUUUACCAGUUCUCCUUCUCCAAAGCCUCAACUUCCAGAAAAAGCUAACAACAAUGGUAAUAACAGUAAUAAUAGUAACAACUCACUAAAAUUCCCAAUAGCCACGGUUCAAUCAGCACAGUCCACUGGUGGAAGCAUAAACGGACGUCCGGAUCUUAAGAAGUCCAUCUUGUCGUUGUACUCUUCUCCUUCUGCUUCCACCAGUUUCAUUCCGCAGCAACCUCGACUUCAAACCCCUGGCCAGAUACCAUCUUCAAUCAACGGCUUGGGAAACUCGCUCCUGGGUUUGAACUUGGGCUCGCGCAGCACGCCGGCAUCGCCUCCUCUCAGCUUAAAGUCGGCAAACGUUGCUUCUGGCAAUUCUGGCAACAUCGCUGGCGCUGGCUCUGGUGUUUCUGCAUCCACCAACGAUUGGAAGAACGAAUGGAGCGACUCGAACUCGUCUGUGUCCAACAAAUGGAACCAACCUGCAACCACGGGAUCGUCGUCUUCGGCCAACGACUUGGAUAAUGAGUUGUUCAAGAAUGUUUGGAGCUAGACUUCCACCAGCAUUAGCAUAUUCAGUUCUUCAUAGUCUAUAUCUAAAUAGCAGGCAUACAGUAAAUGCUUAUAAUAAUAAGCAAAUCUACAAGACAAUAAACUGGAGAAGUAAUUAAUG